AAGCACAGCGCUUUCACGGCAACUUCACUUCCUGGGUGAAAGUUCUCCCCUUCCUCUCCCAGUUCGGAGCAGUCACGUGUUCCCGUGACGCCACUGACAACCCUGGCGCUUGUGUGUACUUCUAUUUGUGGGGCGGGAGGUGGUCACAUGCUUAGGAUUUUACAGUGACUGAGAGAAUGUUGCGGGGCUGCCCCAGAGAGAACUAGCGGGGACCUGUAUAAUCACCGCGGAGCCCACUUUGGCCAUGAUGUUUGAAAGUCUGCGGGAGCGGCUGCUCAGUGUGCAGCAGGACUUCACCAGCGGGCUAAAGAGUUUAGGUGACAAGUCAAGGGAAGUGAAGAUAAAAAAGCAGUACAAGCCAGCUGAGCAGCUAUCAAAGUUUCCUGCUGGAACAGAACUCCUUAGCAGGUAUGAAGAUACCUGGGCUGCUCUCCACAAAGUAGCCAGAGAUUGCGCUAAAGCUGGAGAGCAGGUGGAUGGGGAGGUGGUGAUGCUAUCAGCAAACUGGGAGAAAAAGAGGAAUGGUCUUGUAGAACUGCAGGAACAGUUGCAACAAGUGCCAGGCUUUAUAGCAGAUCUGGAAGCUGUGACUGCAAAACUAGUUGCACUGGAAGGAAGCUUUGAAGAUGUCGAAAGACACUUGUUGGAACUGGAGGAUCUAUGUGAACAGUGUGAAUUACAGAGAUUUAAGCAUGCACAAUGCAUGCAGCUAGAGCAAUACAAGAAAAGCAAAAGGAAAGAGCUGGAAAACUUUAAAGCUGAGCUGGAUGCAGAGCAUACCCAGAGGGUGCUGGAUAUGGAGCAUGCCCAGCAGAUGAAGCUCAAAGAGCGACAGAAGUUCUUUGAAGACGCUUUCCAACAAGAUAUGGAGCAGUAUCUUUCUACUGGCUAUCUGCAGAUAUCAGAAAGAAGAGAGCCAAUUGGAAGUAUGUCAUCAAUGGAAGUCAAUGUGGACAUGCUGGAGCAGAUGGACCUGAUGGACAUGUCAGACCAAGAAGCUCUUGAUGUUUUCUUGAAUUCCGGAGCAGAAGAGAACAGUGUUCUUUCUCCUGUUAUCGGGCCCGAGUUUGAUUGCCACAGUGAGAUAACCCUGCAGGUUCCCAGCCAGGCUGAACUGAGGCACAAACUUUCUUCCCUCUCUUCUACAUGCACUGACUCUGCCAGCCAAGAGAACAGCGAGGACGGGGGAGAAUCCCCAGUUGUCCAAUCAGAUGAGGAAGAUGUUCAGGCGGACUCUGUUCUUACCGGCCUAGACACAGUUGCCAAUACAACUUCUGAUAUCAGUGAUGAAAGUGAUGCUCACACAGCAUGAGCGGAAGCAUCUUUCUGACCCCUCUUGCUUUUUGACUCUAAAUGAACCAAAAACAAAUGUUUUCUUGUAAACCCCAACCCUCAGGCCAUCCGAUGUCACUGAAGACUGUUGUCAUUCCCAGGUGUUUCAGGAUGGAUGUCCCUUGUUUUUAUUUCAUGCAGUCCUGUACGGACAUAGAGGGAGAAUAUGUUAUCCAUAGGAACUUCCUACCAGUGGCAUGACAAUAUUCAUUUGAAUGUUCUGAAAGCAGUUUUAUUCCUAUUCUGUGUUUCCUACUGAUGGGAGAAGGUCCCCAGCACUUCCGAUGCUGAUUGUGGUUCUGUGGCAUUGGGAGGAGAGAUCUACAAUAUUCCUGACCAAACAGUGUUCACCAACCAUUUACCAGUGUACAGAUACCUACAAAUAAUUGGAUACAUCAUAGUGGACCCACAUCUCAAUGAAGUUCUGUAAAAUUUGUGGCAUCUCGCAAAGAUCUGAAAGCUUAGGCAAUGGAUAACCUUGCUAUGUGUGACUGUAACACUAUUCGCUCUUGUAGUGUUUAAUUAAUACCAACACCUAAUCAGUUUUGAAGACACUUUCAACCCCGGUAAUAAUGAGCCUCUGUUGAGUAAUUCAUUGGGAUGGCUAAGAUUUUCUUACCAUUAAAUACAAACAACCUUUACCGUAAAA